UCGCGGAGAGCGAAUGUCGUCAUGAGCGAACAACAGGACAGUAUGGCCACCACUGUUGCUGUCAGUCCCAGCGAAUACCUUCAGCCCUCCACCGCUUCCACGCAAGACACCCAGCCCUCCCCUCUGGCGCUCCUGGCUGCCACCUGUAGUAAGAUCGGCCCUCCUGCUGCUCAGGCUCCUGUCACCUCUCCUCCAGCACAGCCCCAGCCUCGCAGGCUCCUCCCCAUAAAGCCGGCUCCAAUCGCCCCUGCUCCGCCCAAAAACCUGGGUUUUCUAUCAGCCAAGGGCAAUGUGAUCCAGCUCCCUGCUGGCCUGGGCUCCACGGCUCCUGGCAGCCCCAUCGUCCUCACUAUUCAGCAGAGCCCAGCUCGCACCAACACCACGGCCCCCGCCAACAUCCAGUACCAGGUGGUGCCGCAGAUUCAGGGUCCCCAGACUAUCCAGGUGAUGCCACAGGGUGGUCAGAUCCAGCUCAUACCGGGCACCAACCAGGCCAUCAUCACCACCCCCAUGACUGUACCGGCCCCCGCCACCGCUCCGAUCACGCCUCAGAAGACUGUAGCCAUCAAGCCCUCCCCUAAGUUACGGAAGCCAAACAACUCCACUGCAAACAUGGUGCAGCUGCCCAGCGGGCUCACGCUGCCGCUCAACGUGGCGACCGGAGAGGUGGGCGGGGCUCAAAUCGUCACAGAGACGGCAGCCGCCCCUCCCACCCCUGGAAAGGGACGACGAGGGAGGAAGAAGAAAGUGGUUCUGGCUGCGCAGCCUCCGAUUCCUCCUCCUGCACAGGCUGCCUCCCCUCCCCCAGAGCAGAUGGAGACCAUCCUGAUAGAAGCUGGUGACAACAUCAUACAGGCUGGUAACAACCUACUGAUCGUGCAGAGUCCCGGGCAGCCGGCUGUGGUGCAGCAGGUCCAGCUGGUCCAGCCCAAACCCGAAUCUCAAGUGGUCCAGAUCCCGCAGCAGGCCCUGAAAGUGGUGCAGGCCGCCUCCGCCACGCUGCCGCCCGUCCCACAGAGACAGUCGGUCCCUUCGAACCUGCAGGUCACUCCGACAGAGCCGUCACCAACACAGAUCCUCUUCAAAACAGCGUCGGGCGAGUGGCAGUCAGUUCUGCUCCAGGACUCGGUCUCCACGACAACGACCCCCACCACGUCGGUCGCCACCGUCACGACUUCGCCGCCGGCCAGCACCAAAAAGACGCCGGCAGGGGGCCGGAAGGAAAGGACUCUGGCAAAAAUCGCCCCGGCAGGGGGGAUGAUAGCGCUGAAUACGUCGCAGCUCCCCUCGGCGACUCAGGCGGUGCAGACGAUCAGCAUCAACGGGGUCCAAGUUCAGGGAGUUCCUGUCACCAUCACCAACGCAGGGGAGGACGGAGUUAGUUGGUUUUCUCUGGAGGAAGACAAAGAACGUUAUAGACCAGAACCAGAACCAUUUGGCCAGCAGCACCUCACGGUGCAGACCAUGCAGGGCGGGGGGCUCCAGCUGGCGACGACGCAGGGCCAGCCGACCAUCCAGGUGGACCAGACCCUCACUUUGGAGCUGCCCGGUCAGCCAGGAGAGAAGAAGAGACGCAUGGCCUGCACCUGCCCCAACUGCAAGGACGCAGACAAGAGGCCCGGGGAGGUAGGGAAGAGGAAGCACAUCUGUCAUGUCCCCGGCUGUGAGAAGACGUUCAGGAAAACGUCGCUGCUCAGAGCUCACGUCCGGCUGCACACCGGCGAGAGGCCCUUCGUCUGCAACUGGGUUUUCUGCGGCAAACGUUUCACACGCAGCGACGAGCUGCAGCGGCACGCCAGGACGCACACAGGAGACAAGCGCUUUGAGUGCAGCCAGUGUCAGAAACGCUUCAUGAGGAGUGACCACCUGGCGAAGCAUUAUAAGACUCACAUAAACACCAAGAACCUGUGAGCCGGCUGUAUACUGAGUAUAUACGCAGACAAACUCUCGGAGACUAAAGACUGAGUUAGAGGAAGGAGGCGUAGAGGAGACGACACCGAUGGAGUGUGUGUGACUUAUCCCAUAAUGGGAAUUACUCCAAAUAACAGUCCCUAUACCCCCCCUCCCCCUCGCUCCUCUAGGACACUGUGUAGAGUGGUGUACAAAGAAAUCCUUCCUGGUGGACUUCAAACUGAUCCAGCAAAUUUAUUAAUAAUAGAUUUUUUUUUUUUGUUUUGUUUUGUUUUUUCUCUCUGGUCUGAGUCGAGGCCAGAACCAGCUCAAACUGAACGUGCGAGAAGACGAGACGGCGAGGCUUCAGAUUGAGAUGCUUAACUCUUCUUGCUUAUUUAUGAACUUCUCUUGCGGAAGAACAUACACAGAAUUAUUCAGACACCAACACCCAAGACCACAGGACUCCAGUCACAGUUUCCAUCUCUGUGGUUUUGUUUUUCUGCCCCUAAAUCCUGCCUGUUUUUUGUUUUUGUUUUUUUUUUGGUUUAAUUGUGGAACACUUGGACAAGAGCUCUGAGAAAUUGGCCGACAAGAACCAAAAAAGGAAAAUAAUUUAACACUGUGUUUUGUAAAUUUAUCAGAAAUGUGAGAAAUGUGUUUUUACCUCAGUGGAUUGGUAAUUUUGUUUUAAGUUAUUUGUGUUUUACUGAAAAAAGUUGAGAAUCGUUAUAAAAAACUCCCCACCUCAAGACUUUUGAAGAUCAUUAGAAGUUUACAUUGGCUAUUUUUAAAGUGUGUAAAUCCAUACUAUUAAACAUAAUAUUAAUAAUGAUAAUAAACUAUUUAUAACAUUUUUUCCAUACAAUUGUUACAAAUUGAUUUACAAAGUAGGCAUGUAAAAAAAAAAAGAAAAAGACUAAAUGAACGUUAAAGUUAAAAAACGAGGUGAAAAAAUUUACAGCAGAAAUAUGAAGAGGAUAUAAAAAAAAACAUUUAACACAUGUACUAAUUUGCUUUGAGGGUACAGAUGAGGCGAUACAAGGUCUGGUAUCUCUGAUGGUGAAGUCUGAGAUACAGUCAAGUGGCUGCCAAGACCUCAGAACAAAACAGCAACACUCAGUUCAGACUUGGAAAGGGUUAAAUCUGCAGUUCGGGGCCAGAAGUCACUGUGCCUUAAAAGUUGUUGUUAAUAUCAAUUUACAAACAAACAUGCCACAAGCAAAGAGCUGCUGGAGAUGGAGGAUUGUGUUGGUAUCUUGGGGAAGAGCCACAUGCAGUGAUCUGAACGCAACGAAAAUGAUGGUACAGAGCAAAUUUCAAGGAUAUUAAAUGUUAAAGAAUAAAUCUAAAAUCUUAAAAAGUUGAGGCUUUUGAAGGGACUUGACUUUCCAAGUUUUUAUUGGUACACCAAAUAAAUGUUCAUAUCUUUAAAAUCAACACUAUGAUUAGGAAUGAUUUCACAAAGUGAAUAUAUACUAAUGGAGAAUAAUAGAGGACCAAGGAUUGAUCCUUGUGGAACACCAGAUUUAAGAGAAUUUUAAAUUUACCUGCCCCACCAAAUUUUCCAAGUGAUUAUGCAGUGUUUAAUAAACCAUAUCAAAAGCUUUGUUGUGAUCAAGGAAAGUAGGAUGUCACCUUUUGUUAACCACAAGGAAGAGAUCAUUAAUAACGUCUCAGAUGAGUGGAGGACUCUAUCUACCUAAUGAUGUGAAGGAGGCACUGUUAGAAACAUAAAUAUAAAAAAUUGGGGUUUUUACGGACAGUUUUGUAACCGAUAAGACUACGUGGAUCCAUGUUGGGUUUUCUUUUUUUCUGUUGAUGUUUUUCUAUAGAUGAAACAUUUGUGGCAGGCUGUACCAAUAACAAGUCCAAGUUGUGUGGUCGUGAUGAUGUCCAAGGAAAAUGAUGAUUUUGACGUAUGAAACAGUAUGUAUACUACCUAAAAUUCUCUACCUUUAGAGAAGUGCUGCAAAAAACACCUUCAUUUCCUGUGUUGUCAAGGGCGAUGGGGCUGAGUUAAUACCCCUUACACAAAUCCAAGAGUUUUUAAAAGUUUGAGAAACAAGAUCUAAGAGUUUUCUUGAGUCUCCAGGUGCUAAGGAUUAAAUUCAGUGAAAUAUUAGUGAUUAGAGGCGUCUGUCGCCUGGUGAUAAACCCGCUCAUACUACUCUUUUCUCUCUGAGAUCCAACCAAGGUUGCUGUAUAGUUGGUUAUCCAGCUUGGAUACCACAACAGGUACGCUCACAUCAAGGGCUGGGUGUCAAACUUCAACUCUUUUUGGUACUGAAAUGUGUCUGUGUGUAUCUGAGAGGUGGAGUAAUGAGGCACCAAAUGUUCGGCCAAAUCCAUAUUCUUUACUUGUUGUUUAAUCCCAUUUUUCUACUUUCAGACAGUAUUCUAUUUAAGUUCUUUAACGGUUUCUUGUUACAUUUAUCUUAAAUAUCAACUCAACAACUUCUACUUCUUUUGUUCACCGAAGAAGUUUUUUAUCGUGGCGUAUAUUUUAUUUUAGAAAAAAAUGUUUGACUUCUCAAAGAAAGGUGUCCAAAAAAAGUGAAAACUUGGUACCUGUACCAAACGAUACUCAGCCGUACUUGCCACUCCUUGUGUACUUAUAAAAAAAAGAACAACAAAAUUCCAGGGUAACUGCUAUUCUGCUUUACAGUUUUGAUUUGGUGAUUUGUAGCCUAUGCAUUGCUGUAAAUAUGAUUGAAUUCCCAAUUGUUUGGCCUGAAUUGACAAUCACGUCACAAAAUGCAAAAAAAAGAAAAAAGGAAAAAAAAAAGAAGCUUUCUCAGGCCUUCGAUCAGUUACUUUGUACAUGAUUUUUUCCAGCUAUGUGAUAGCUUUAAUUCUGAAUUUACACUUGAGAAGUUUUUGUUGAUAUACUGAUGACCAGCAUUAGGCCUACUGUACAGUAUUCACACAAGUUACUUAAAUAUAAUUUGCUUUACAGCAAACAUACUGUUGCUUAUAUCGUUUUUGAUAUAAUGAAGAUGUACUGACCUUUCACUAACAGGUCAUCAGUCAGUUUGAAGCCUGGAUUUGUAUCAGAGUUCCUUCUAUUGAGGAAAUACACCGACAGACGAUUAAAAAAGCUCUUUGGUCAAAUUAGCUCGGUGCCAUCAGACAGCAGGUAGUUGAGUUUUCACUGUGGCGUGUUUUAAUACUGUGACAUACAUGUUCAAUGGAUGGUGCAGCCUUGCUAGACACUAUCCAACAACUACUUCUCUUUACACAACAGAGAAAUUUGACCAAAAAGCUCAGGUCAAGUCAGAUUUACUUUUAAAGCACUUUGAACCAGUUUUGUGAAGUGCUUCAAAGGGGGGCAACAGUCAAUGUAAAGCUUAGGUGGCCAAUAUUUGGUGUAUUUUUUUAAAUGUGUCUGAAGACAUGCGAUGCCAUUGGGAUGGAUAGACAGAGCCUGCUCAUAUUUAUGUUUGUAUUUCAUGUCUAAAUAUGUAAAUACAGUGUGUGUCUGGUAGACACAGUAAAUGUAGGAUAUUGAAAAACAAGAGUUAAGCUGCCUAGUGUUGUGAUUGGCGUGGCCAGCCCUGAAGGAAAUGGACUUUGUACAGUGUGUAAGGAAUAAAAUAUAAUGUGACAUUGUAUAGCUUCAUUCCUGCUUUGUAUAAGACUUCUAGAUCUUUUUUCUAUUGAAUUAAAGAUGCCUUAGAUAGCUGCACCCAGUAUUUAAUAAUGUUCUUUUUCUGUCUAAUUCCAGGUAACAACAUUUAUAAAAUUCCUUUUGUGUUUUUAACUUAUGUUACAUGCUAAUGUCAUGUGCACUGUUUAAAAUCCCAGGUUCCAAAAUUUGUAAAUUUAAUCUUGAUUGUAAUUAAACAUAAUAAGAUUUUCCAAAUUAAGACAUUUCUAUUGCUUGGUUUCUGUGAAUUAAAUGCUUCUCCUUCUCCGAGCCCGUCUGUCAUAUAAUGUUCUGCAGCCAAUUUCUUGUGUACAUCUGGAGAACCCAGAGAACCAGCAAUUCAUUUUAUAACUUGUAUAAAGGUGCUAAAACAUAAAGUUUGCUCCUUUUUUACAGUCACCCCCUCAAUAAAGAACUCAAACCAU